UUAUCAUCCGAUGAAUCUGAAUCCGACUUUGAUGAUGAUACAAAUGAUGAAAAUUUUCCAAAAUUAGUACGAAAACAUGAUUCAACAAUAAUUAUUAUACGACAAUUAGCAACAUCAUCCGUAUUGGUUAUAACACCGGUUGCAUUAACAUUAUUAUUAGUUAUAAUAUCUGUUCAUAUACAAUGUAUAUUAAAUUAUUGUCCACAUAUACCGAUUGAUGAAUUAUUACCAAUAUUUUCGAAAACUGAUUCACAUGAUUUUAAUGCUAAUGCAACGAAUGCAUUAAAAAAUACCGGUGUUUUAUUGAGUUAUAUAAUUGUUGCAACAUUUUUUCUAUUAGCAUUAAUAUAUUUUCGUUUAUAUAAAAUAUUGAUUGGAUUUGGAAUAUUUUUGAUUAUUAUGUUAUGUACAAUGAAAUCAUUAAUAUUUUGGCAUAAUUUAUUAUUCUUUCUCGAUAUUUCUAUUGAUGUUUGUACUAUUGGAUUUUUAAUAUGGAAUCUUGUUGUUACCGGUAGGUGUUUGGUUUUGUUUCCUUUUGUAGUUUUUGUUUUAAUUAAAAUUUGUUUUUUUUUUGUAAAAUUUUCAGGUUUAAUAAUAUUUUUUAUAUUAAAAAGUCCAUUAUUAAUAAAGCAAAUAUAUCUAAUUUAUAUUAGUUUAUUAGUUAGUAAUUUUAUAAUAACAUUAUUAUCACCAUCAACAGCAUGGAUACUAUUGAUAUUUUUGAUAGUAUGGGAUUUGAUUGCUGUUCUAACACCUUGUGGUCCAUUAAAUUUAAUGAUAAAAUUAAUACGUGAACGACAAUUGAUGAAUGAAAAAGUAUAUGUACCACCUGUAUUAAUUUAUUCAACAAUGUUAUAUGAUUAUAUGUCAAUAUUUAAUGCUGAACAAAGUAUACAGAAAAUAUCCAUACAAACACCACCAAGACGACGAAAAAAACAAAUGAAACGUUAUCAAACUAAACAUCGUCCUAAUUUAGGUUUGGGUGAUUUUAUUUUCUACAGUCUACUAAUGGGACAAGUUCGUCAAGCAUAUUCAUUAAUAACAGUAUGCCUAGCUGGUUUAUCAAUUCUAGCCGGUCUGAUUGGAACAUUAGGUAUAUUAGCAUGGUCUCGUCGACCAUUACCAGCAUUACCAAUAUCAUUAUCGAUUGCAAUUUUGGUUGUUUUAAUUUCCGGUUAUGUUAUCGAACCAUUUGCACAAUAUUUAAAUUCAAAUUUAAUUUACAUUUAAAAAAAUGAUGAUGUUGAUUGAUGUUGAUUUUAGAUAAUUAAUAAAAAACACAGAAGAAAAAAAACUU